UAAUUUUUAUUCAACAGAGGGCGUUUCCAACAAUCAAGAUGGCGGAAUUUGCGAAUGUUACAGAAUUGCAAAAUGUAGAAAUGGGGGAAGAGAAAGAGCUAGGCGCUACCUCCGAAGAUUCGAGCGACGAUAGUGAUGAUGAGGAUGCUGAUGACCAAGAGAUUAUUCAGCUCUUGGAUGAGGUAAACAGCAACCCAUAUCAAUAUGAUGCACAUCUGAAAUUGAUCACAAUACUGAGGCAAGCGGGAGAGUUGGAGAAGCUAAGAAAAGCAAGGCAGAACAUGAGUGAGCUAUUCCCCCUGACUGGAGAACUGUGGAUGCAGUGGAUUCAAGAUGAGCUUAAGCUCAUGGAGAGUGGUGACGAUAGACAAAAGGUCAUGGAACUCUUUGACAGAGCUGUGAAGGAUUAUCUAGCUGUAGAUCUGUGGUUGGAGUAUUGCCAGUUUUCUAUCGGUGGCAUCGGCUCUCCAGAAGGGAUUGAGAACGCCCGUAGGGUCUUUGAGGAAGCCAUCAUGGCUGCGGGACUCCAUGUUGCUCAGGGCAGUAUGAUCUGGGCCGUCUACAGAGAGUUUGAGAAUGCCUUGCUUUCAACACUUCAGCCCCAGCCUGGGUCCAUCCCGACUGCUGAGCAGCAGAAGGAAUUAACUCAGCAGAUGAACAGAAUAUCUGGUAUCUUCAAAAGGCAGUUAGCGAUUCCAUUAAUGGAUAUGGAGCAAACAUUCUGUGAGUAUGACCAAUGGAUGUCAGAUAUUGGGGAAGAGAUACCAAACACUGUGAAAGAGUCCUAUCAGAAAGCUCUUGAUCUUCUAGACACCUAUAGACCGCUGGAAGACAGUCUUCUGACGGCCGAGGCUCCCAAACUAACCGAGUAUCUUACUUACAUAGAGCAUGAGCUUAAGCAAGGAAAUCCCGCUAGGAUACAGUGCAUCUAUGAGAGAGCUUUAGUUGACAAUUGCCUCAAUAUGUCCCUGUGGAAGGAAUAUACAUCAUAUCUGGGUGAGAGUCUGAAGAUCAGCUCGGUGGUAUUGCCGGUCUAUGAACGAGCAGUCCGGAACUGCCCUUGGUGCUUCCUACUCUGGCAAGGUUAUCUCACAGCACAAGAGAGACACAAUGAACCCUUCACCUCAAUACAGGCUGUGUUUGAGAAGGCCUUGGUUGCAGGAUUUUCAGGUGCAUCUGACUACCUUCAGCUAUGGCAGACCUAUGUUAACUAUCUGAGGAGAAGGAUUCAAUGGGACCAAGAGUAUGAGGAAGACAUGGAGAUAUUUCGGAAUACGAUGGAGCGAGCAAUCAUCUACCAGGCAAAGUAUUUUGAUGCUGAAGGAGAUCCCUCAUCAAGUUUGCAGCAAUACCUAGCGUUUGUUGAGGCUAAAUACUGCCAGAAUGUGACAAGAAUGCGAGAACUCUGGAAUGACAUCAUGUCUAUGGGUCAUGCUAACCAAGCUCAAAUGUGGCUACAAUAUGUCAAUCUAGAAAGACGCUUUGGCGAUACCAAACAUGUGAGGAAAACUUUUCACCGUGCAAUUCACUCGGUCAGUGACUGGCCCGAGACGGUCUUUGAAGCAUUCCUGAACUUUGAGAGAGAGGAGGGGACACUGGACACUUGGUGCUCGGCGGUGAAGAGGGUUGAAACGCAGAUGAAACGAGUCACAGAACAGAGAAACAGGGCGGCAGAACAAGAAGCAUCAUGGACAAGGCAAGCAGAGGAGAGAGCAUCGGAGAACAGGAGUCGGCAAAGAAAUGAGAAGAAAGGAGGAAAGAGGUCGUUCGAUGAGCCAGGAACUAGUAAACAAUCACACAAGAAACAGAAGAGGAACCCCGUGCCAGAUUCCAAUCCGAGCCCUGAAUCCAGAGUGGAUGGAGGGGCAGGACCAUCAACCUCCUCCUCAUCCACUUCAUCAGCCUCUGCACAUGUGUUUAAAGUUCCACAACUGCCAGCACCUAGACUAGAGCCAAAUGAUGAAGGUGCAAAACCAGUUUCUGACAGAGUGAAGGAUAUUGAUAUGGAGGAUAUCCCGGAAGAGAAGGGCCUCCUUGACCAAUCAGUGGAAUUCCAAAUGCAUAUGAAUCCCAAGAAGAAGAAACCCGAGCGUGAUGGCAACAACGACCGCCGGACGAUCUUUGUCAAGAAUCUGGACUAUAAUCUCACUGAAGAGAGGAUUAGGAAUGUCUUUUCAGAGUGUGGUGCUAUCAAAGAUGUAAGAAUGGUGACCAACUACCAGAAGAAGUUCAAAGGUUUUUGUUAUGUCGAGUUUGAAGAUCAGGAAUCUGCCGAGAAAGCCUUGAAGAAAGACAGAGAGACCAUCAACAACAGACCAAUGUAUGUUGACCCUUCAAAGGACAAGUCGGUUGCCACAAAGGAAAAUAAGUUCUUGUAUGAAAACAAGAUGGAGAAGAACAAACUCUUUGUGACAGGCCUCCCUCGAAAACUCACCAAGGAAGAGCUAGAGAAGACUUUUAGCAAGUAUGGUAAGCUCAAGGAUGUGCGUAUUGUGACCUACAAGAGCGGAGUGCCCAAAGGAUUAGCCUAUGUUGAUUUCGAAGAAGAGGCGUGUGCUAGCAAGGCUGUGAUUGGUUUAGAUAACACUGAGAUUGGUGAGCAUACCAUCACCGUGGCUAUCAGCAAUCCACCCACCAGGAAAGCUCCCAUCAAGGAUGCUGCUGCAGCUCCUCCAUCAUCAAAUCCCCCAGAGAGGGAACAGAAAUCUUUGGGCUCUAAGGGCAUUGUUGGUCCAAGGGGUAAAGGGCGCACCCAAAUCACACUGCUACCUAGGUCACUCAAACAACAGAAAGCAGCCCCCAAACCAAAGCCUUCAUCAUCUUCUGACGCCAUGGAAACCAACAACACCACCAGCAAUGGCAAGACUGAGGGCGACGGACAGAAGAAAACCAAGAUGUGUAAUGCUGAUUUUGCUAAAAUGUUUCAGAAGUGACGGAUGGAGACAGAGUAGGAGAGAUCUCUGGAGAUUGCCGGGACCACUCUUGUCUUUAAGGUUAACCCAUUACACAAAGGUCAGAGAUUGAUCACGUAGUUGGCUUGUGCGAUCAGUCAUAAUAAUUAGCCAUAUGAUAAGUCACUGGAAAGACCCAGAAUGCAGUUCUAUUAAAUGUGUUGCAUGGAAAGAAGGAAGGUGAUUUGCUUGCAAGGAAAGAAUAAGUAAACCCAUUCUGAUCAUUCGUUAUAAAAGCUAUGUGUUAUGGAACACCAAAUGCAACAUCGAAAAAUCAGUUGCAUAUAAAGUAGAUUGAUUGAAAAAAGGAAGAUUUGAAAUAUUUGAUUUAGGAGGAAGUAGGCUUUCCAUUGGAGAAAUACGUUAGCAAACAGGAUUGCAGCCCUUGUUGAUAUUUGCAGCUGAUAUUGUGUUUGUUUGUCAUGUUUUUCAUUUUAUUGUAAUAAUCUAACUCUUUCUUACACUCUUCGUAACAUGUAUGAAUUCUAAAAAUUUGUAUUUUUUUCUCAUAAUUAAGCACUGGUUUAAUUCCAGACUGAAGAAUUUCACUCUAAUCUUCGAUGGACUGUGAACUUUUAUCUUAUUUCCUUGACAUAUAUGAAAAAAUAUGAUGAACUAAAGAAUUCAUUGAAAAUCAUGUUCCACUCUUUUCAUAACAUUGUUAGUUAUGUAGACAAUUUGUAACUGCCGGAUUUUAGAUAAGUUUGCAACUGGAACUAAAUGAAAAUGUGGUCUAAGUAAACAUAGGGUUAACCCCCCCUUCAUAUAUCCUUGUCUUAAGGAGCCCAGUUAAAUUAGGGUUAAUGUGACCAGGCCAACAGGAAUACAACAAAAAUAAUUUCUAAAAUCAUGUCACUCACUGUGUGAAAUCAUCAUGGCAUGCCUCAUAUUUUAAUUCUUGUACACCUUAUAGAAAAUAUAUUCCUAGUCAGCAGAAGUAUUUGGUUUUAUUGUGUAAAACACUAUUCUUUAUAUUACAGACAAUGUUUUAAUUGAAAGAAGAUAUACAUUUGACCGGUUAUUUCAUUCAGAAUAUCUUGAUUUUCGUGAUGUUCAUUUUCAAAGUGCAUUAUUUUCUCUACACGUAUUUUGUUGUGUAAUACAAAGCUUAAUCAUGUUUUCAAAUAGAAAAAGUUCAAAGUGUAGCUAUGUAUGUAGUUGAAAUGAAAGUUCAAGAUGCUUUAAUUUGUUUAUGUUAACAUUGUACCUAUUGACGUGGCUGGAAACAAAAGUCAGAUGGCUUCAGUAUGUAGUUCUAAGUCAGCCUAAGUUGUUUGAGAUAAGCCCUCUUUUUUAUUAAUCUCAGAAACCUCAUCUCCACCAGAUCAAGUGGGGGAAUUAUACCUAAAACAUCAUGGCAUGAUACCUUGUGUUACAGAGUAGUGGCACCCUGGACCCAAUGUUUUGGUAGCAUGUGAUGGUAUGGUUUCAUGAAUUAAUCAUUCCAAGCCAAACAAAAUGGCCCAAAUUCACAAAGGUGCUUUUGAAAACCCACGGUUGAAUCCAUGGUUUAUGCAGAUUUCCUGUAUAAAUUGUGCUUAAUUUAGUGCGUAUUGGGCGCGUGUAUCAAAAAUUC